UGUGUCUCAACUCUAAUGGGAGGCAAAGAUAGCCACCAUUGCUGUAAAACUCUUUCCAUCACUGAUUCACUUUCCCAGGAAGCAUUUCUAAAGUUCAUCCAAGAAAUAGAGAAUUUAUGUUAUUGAUUUUGUCACAUAAAAUCACCUUAAUUUGUUUUAUCAGAAUGGAAAGGACUUUAUUAGACAGUGAAGAUAAUUUGAAGAGAGGAACCUGGACAGCUGAAGAAGACCAGAAUCUCAUAGCUUACAUACAAAAACACGGUGAAGGAGGUUGGCGUUCCCUGCCUGAGAAAGCUGGUCUUCGAAGAUGUGGGAAGAGCUGUAGACUGAGAUGGCUAAAUUAUCUGAGACCUGGUGUUAAGAGAGGAGACUUCACCUCGGAGGAAGCUCAAUCCAUCAUUGAACUUCAUGCUGCAUUAGGCAACAGGUGGGCAGCGAUAGCCAGGCACUUACCAAAGAGGACAGACAAUGAGAUUAAGAACUAUUGGAACGCUCAUCUCAAAAAACGGUUAGUUAAUAUGGGUAUAGAUCCGGUGACUCACAAGCCUGUUGGCACCACUCCUGGCGCCUCAUCCAGUGAAAAUUCCAACAAUACUGUGGUCAAUACCGACCCCAUGAUCAUUCAUGAAGAAAAUGCAACAUCAAAAGAAUCUGAACCCCCACAGCAGCCAACAUCAUCAAGGUCUACCUCAGCUUCAGCUCUGCUACUCAAUAAGUUAGCCACUAGGGUCACGACAUUGCAAUGUUUUGAUCUUGAUCCCCUAAGAGCUUUUUCAAGCUUGCAACCAAUGUCAUUUAACGGUAAUACUAGCAAUGCUAGUGCCGAUAGUGAAAGUUCUACUGCUACAAUUUGCCACCCUACAUCAAGUUGUCAGGGAAAUAAUGCAUCAAUAGCACCAGACACAUCAGAUUAUUGGCUGGAUAAUAUUUCUGAUCCACUCACAACACCUUUAAAUUGCUUAGAUUUGUCGAAUAUAGUACUUUCUCCGGUGUCAGCAGAUCAUGGAAACGUAGGUGAUGACGUUGGCGUUAGUGUUGAUGCAAACAUUGAGUAUUCUGAUCUAUCUAAUGCAUUGAGCAUCCUAGAGGGUAAUGCAUCUGAACCUGCAAAUUCUUGUUCGAGCACAUCGUCUCGAGUUUUAGAUGACAUGGCUUCCAAAUUGGCUUCAUUGCGUUCCUUUGAUGAACUUCAAGAUUGGCAAAACACCAACACCAUUCCACCGGGACCAAUCCAAGGUGAUCAUAGUGUUAUUACAACAACUACCGGUGAUGGUGGACUUUCAGCCUGCGACAUAAAUAUUGAAGAUAUGAUCUUUGAUACGGUAGGAUCUGCAGUAUUUUAUAAACCAAACUACUUAGAAAAUGAACUAGAGCCAUCAUACCUUUUCGAUAUUCCUUGAAUAAAUUGGAAAGAACAGAAAUUUUUGGUACGUAUA